ACCCUUCGCGACCCCAUUACUAUUUACUUCUCGAUACCCUCCUCAGUCGACCUCUCUCGCUCUCCUCUCUCGGCGACCAAUCUCUCGCUUUCGUUGCCCUAGCAAUCGAUUGUCCUCUUCUUUGCUUUCUAUUAAGCCAUGUCGCUGAGGCCGAGCGAGAGGACGGAGGUCCGACGGAACAGGUACAAGGUUGCGGUGGAUGCCGAUGAGGGACGGAGGAGGAGAGAGGACAACCUCGUUGAGAUCCGGAAGAACAAGAGGGAAGAGAGCUUGCUGAAGAAACGAAGGGAAGGAGUCCUUGGUCAGCAACAACAACUCUCCUCCUCUCUGCCUGACCCCGCUUCUUCUACCGUGAAGAAGUUGGAAAGUCUCCAGGUAAAUGUUGCUGCUAUCUGGUCUGAAGACAAUACUAUGCAAAUUGAGGCUACCACCUACUUCCGAAAGAUUCUUUCCAUAGAACGCAGUCCUCCAAUUAAUGAAGUUAUACAAGCUGGUGUAGUUCCUCGCUUUGUACAGUUUCUUGCGAAGAAUGACUUGCAAAAGCUUCAGUUUGAAGCAGCGUGGGCUCUCACAAAUAUUGCUUCUGGAACAUCAGAAAAUACCAGAGUUGUAAUUGAUAGUGGAGCUGUCCCGAUAUUUGUUAAUCUUUUAAGUUCUCCCAAUGAUGAUGUGAGGGAACAGGCUGUUUGGGCAUUAGGUAACAUUGCAGGUGACUCGCCUGAAUGUCGUAAUCUUGUCCUUGGUCAUGGGGCUUUGAUGCCAUUGUUGGCUCAAUUCAAUGAGCAUGCAAAGCUUUCUAUGCUAAGAAAUGCAACAUGGACAUUAUCCAACUUCUGCAGAGGCAAGCCACAGCCUCCAUUUGAUCAGACAAAGCCUGCUCUUCCAGCUCUGGAGCGCCUUAUACAUUCAAAUGAUGAGGAAGUCCUUACAGAUGCCUGCUGGGCACUGUCAUAUCUCUCAGACGGUACUAAUGACAAAAUCCAAGCUGUUAUUGAUGCAGGAGUCUGCCCUCGACUUGUUGACCUUCUACUUCAUCCAUCUCCUACAGUGCUUAUUCCUGCCCUGCGAGCUGUUGGAAAUAUCGUUACUGGAGAUGAUAUGCAGACUCAGUGCAUAAUUGAGCAUCAGGUCCUCCCAUGCCUUGUGAACCUGUUGACAAAUAAUCAUAAGAAGAGCAUCAAGAAGGAAGCAUGCUGGACAAUCUCUAAUAUUACAGCUGGAAAUGUUAAUCAAAUACAGGCGGUGAUUGAGGCUGGCAUCAUUGCUCCACUUGUCCAAUUGCUUCAGAAUGCUGAGUUUGAGAUCAAGAAAGAAGCUGCCUGGGCUAUUUCAAAUGCUACAUCUGGUGGCACUCAUGAGCAAAUAAUGUUCUUGGUAGCCCAGGGAUGUAUUAAGCCACUGUGUGAUCUCUUGAUUUGUCCCGACGUAAGAAUCAUCUCUGUGUGCUUGGAAGGCCUUGAGAACAUUCUGAAGGUUGGGGAAGCUGAGAAGAGCUUGGGUAAAACAGGAGAUGUUAAUCUGUAUGCCCAAAUGAUUGAUGAUGCUGAGGGUUUAGAUAAGAUUGAAAGUCUUCAGAAUCAUGACAACAAUGAGAUAUAUGAGAAAACAGUGAAGAUCCUCGAGACAUAUUGGCUUGAGGAGGAGGAUGAGCCUUUGCCUCCAGGUGAUGCUGCCCAGCCUGCAUUUCACUUUGGGGGCAGUGAACAUCCUGUCCCGUCUGGAGGGUUCAACUUCAGUUGAAGGACCUUUCGUUUGUUGGAAUGAAGCUUUAGUGUCCCGGUCUUCUGAUGUUGGAUGAGUCAAUGCAAGGGUGUUAUUACUGUUGCUGCUCUCUUGUUUAGCUUUACAGUAAUUGAAUAAAAACGCAUGUGAAGGCACAGAUUUUGGGAUUUUGUAUGGCUAGGAAGGUUGCAAUUCUUGGUCGUUGCAGGCAAAACACAGUCGGAGAGUAUUUUUUUACCCCCCUUUCCCCUAGUGAACUAUUCUUUAUACAUGCCAAGGCUGAGGCUGGGGCUGGGGCUGGGGCUGGGCCUGGGGCUGGGCAUGCAGCUAGCAAUCCCAAUCUAUGCUUAAACUGGUUUUAUUACAUGAAAGAGGAGAAUACACGUGUCAUUUUUUAGCUUUUGUUUUUGUUCAUUCUCCCCCAUGAUUCUUGCUGAUAAGCUCAGUUUUUUAGAAAAAAGAAAUAGAAAUUGAAGAAGUGGCGUAUGAUAUUUUCAGUAUGCAUUGGUGAUUUGAUAUUGGAAACCAAGAUGGGUUUUUGCGACUA